AUGAUAUCGUCCAGUAUUCUCAAUAAUGAACCUGCCUCCAAUCGCUGCGACGCCUUGAGCGUCAGCACGGCAGCAUCGUUUGCACCACGUCAACCGGCGCCAACUUUUACUGCACUUUGGGGGGACCCGGGUGGAAGCGCUGCGGGUGACGUCGCUUCGGUUGCAAAGUCCUGCGCAAAGCAGCAGGCAACGUUCCGUUCUGCACACUUGGGUGAGAGACAAGUGAGCUUGAGCGAGCGUAAUAUUUCGAGCUGGUACACGCAGCACAUCAAGCUUGAGAAGGGGGAGAUCCAGUCAGAAGUGGUCAUCAAGGAAGAGGGCAAAGUUAGUAUGACGGGUGUGAUUGAGGUGGAUGCCGAGGGCGAUAGGACACUCUAUGUCACGGGCAGCACCAAUAUUCAGCUCAAGGACGGGUUGGUUGUCCUGCUGGACCUCGCACUCGACUGCUUGCAGUGCCAGCAUCUCGUCAUUGCCAUUGACAGGCAAGCACUCGGCAAAGAGCUGCCUGUCGUCUUGCAUGACUUGUCGUGGGUCGGCUUCACACCCAUCGCACCUCAAAAGAUCCUCAAAGAUGCAGCCCUCACAGACAAGUUUUGUUUUGUUGCGCUUGACCUCUAG